CCCGUCCAUUGCAUCGCGAUAUCCAACAUCGGCACUGCGUUACCUCUCUUUUGCAGCGGGGGCGACCAAUUGAUUCCUUCCUCCGGCGACCACCUCAGCAAACCAACUUCAACCUGAUAUUGAUCAACCGGUCCCCAAUUCCGAACGAGAGAACCAACAGUGGGCCUCGAGAAUUUUCCCUAACCCACCACCCCCGUCCACAAUGGCCACCCCAAGCGCCCCCCGCACUACCAUCAAGGUCGGCACGCGCCGCUCGGCGCUCGCCCUGCGCCAGACCGAGCUCGUCAUCGAGACGCUCCAGCGCGCCCACCCGCACCUGACCUUCGAGGUGCACGCGAUGGCGACGAUGGGCGACCGCGACAAGACGACGCCCCUGCCCGCGCUCGGCAAGGGCCUCUGGACGUCGGAGCUCGAGGCCAAGCUGGCGUCGCGCGAGCUCGACGUCGUCGUGCACUCGCUCAAGGACAUGCCGACCUCGCUGCCCGCCGGCUGCGUCCUGGGCUGCGUGACCGCCCGCGAGGACCCGAGGGACGUGGUCGUCUUCAGCAAGGCGCACCAGGAGGCGGGGAAAUUCAAGACGCUCAAGGACCUGCCGCAGGGGGCGGUGGUCGGGACCAGCAGCGUGCGCCGGGCGGCCCAGCUGAGGAGCAAGUAUCCCGGCCUGGUGUUCCGGGAUGUGAGGGGUAACAUCGAGACGCGUUUGAGGAAAUGCGAUGAGGAAGGGUUCGAUGCGAUCAUUCUUGCUGCCGCAGGCCUGCUAAGGUUAAACUUUGGCGAGAGGAUUGCUCAGUACCUCGAUUCGAACACCGAGGGCGGUGGUUUGCUGCAUGCCGUCGGUCAGGGGGCGCUGGGUUUGGAGGUGCGGGAGGACGACCAGGAGAUGAAGGAACUGCUCAAGGCCGUGGAGGAUACUCCCACCAUGAUCGCGUGCUUCGCGGAACGGAGUGUCAUGCGGACGCUGGAGGGCGGAUGCAGCGUGCCAAUUGGGGUGGAGACGGCGUGGCUAGAAGAGGAAGAGGCCGGCCAGAAGAAGAGGAAACUUCGCCUCCGAGCGGUGGUGGUGAGUCUAGAUGGCAGCCAGUCUGUCGAUGGCGAGAGGAUAGAGGAGAUCGACAGUCUCGCGCAGGCGGAGGCUAUGGGCAAGGAGCUGGCCCGGAAACUGGCCGGGAUGGGAGCACAACAAAUAUUGGACGACAUCAACAAAGGGCGGGCAUCAGGGGCGGCCCUGAAGGUUGGCGACGCAUGAUAAAAAGGUAGAUUGUGUACCGUAGUAGCCAAGAGACCGCGAUGGUCUUGAAACGUGCUAUCUUCUCUCCGCUCGUCAACUCCUGGCUUUUAUCUUGCUCCCUGGAGCAGCCGUUGAGAGCGGCUUCUGUCUGUGUCACGAUCUGUCAUUGCCCCCUGUUGAACGCCCGUUCGAAU